AUGGGCAUUCUGCAGGCGGCCGCGCAUGGAGACGGGAGCGGCGGCGGCGGCGGGCAUGCGCUAGGCGCGGGCGCGGGGGGGCCGGCCCCGCGGCGGCGGCGGGGCGGGGCGGCGGCGGCGGCGGGCCCCGCCGAGCCGGGGCGGCGGGGGCGGGCGGGCGGCGGAGGCGCGCGCGGCGGCGGCCGCGGCCGGCGCAGGCGCGUGGGCGGCCGGGCAGCCGGCGCUGAAACGCCCGCGCCGCGGCGGCAACCCCACGCCACGCGGGAGCCGCCGGCCGCCGCCGCCGCCGCCUGGGGGCCGCGGCGGUACGCCGUGACGGCGAGCCCGCGGGCCGGCCCCGGCGGCGGGGGCGACCUGGGGGCACGAGCACCGCCGUGA